AUGAUGUUUGGCGCUGCGUUUCAAGACGGAAUGGCAAGAUUAUACGAUAUCCGGAACUUGAAAGUGCCGUUGACCAAGAUCAAAUCAGCCCGGCCCAAUGAACUCAUGGGAGCAUUCCGGUGUCUGAAGUUUUCCAACGGACCCGAGGAUCUAAUGUUUUUAAGCGAGCAGAUGGAACGAGUACAUAUUAUUGAUUUACGGGAUUUCGAGAACAGACAGGUCUUGACCGUUCCGUCGAAUUUCUCAUGUUCGAAUUAUACCGAGACCUCAACCACGAAUGAGAUGUCAUACGAUGACGAUGCUGCCGAGUCUGCUGGAGAAGACGAAGACGAGGAUAUGGAUGAUGACGACGAGCCCUCGUUCACGUCUCCUGUACGUAUGGGAAUGUUAUCUGGCACGUCGAACCCCGGUCCCUCGUCAUCAACAUCGCUACCACGACCAGUUGCAAGUCUCUCAACAGUUCCAAUUCCCGGUGUAUAUAUUCCCGGACGUCAUCGACACCACCGGUCGUCGUCAGUGCACCCACCACUGUCGUCGCCGACCAUCCAAUCGUACCGCGACCUGGUCAGCCAGCACCAGCACUCGCAAUUCUCACGACUCACGGCCCAGCAGUCCGAAUACGGCCUGUCGGGAAUCUCCUGGACCGCUUUCGACGGCGGCACCAUCGCCGUCGGCACGGGCAGCGGCAUCGGGCUCUGGAAAAUCGACAGUCGCUCGCGUCGCACGUUCCCCUCCUUCACGAUUCGAUGA